ACGGGGCGGUGCGCCGAGCGCGGCAGAUUCGAAGCGCGGGCGGGGCCGGCGGCGGUGGCGGCGGUGGCUGCGAGAAGCGCUAGGCGGCAGCGGCUACGCUGCGGGGGAGCUCCCGGCGGCGCCAUGGACGAGGCCGUGGGCGACCUGAAGCAGGCGCUGCCCUGCGUGGCCGAGGCGCCGGCAGUACACGUGGAGGUGCACCAGCGCGGCGGCAGCACUGCAAAAAGAGAAGACAUAAAGCUGAAUGUGAGGAAGCUGCUCAAUAGACACAAUAUUGUGUUUGGUGAUUACACGUGGACUGAGUUCGAUGAACCUUUUCUGACAAGAAACGUGCAGUCUGUGUCUAUCGUUGACACAGAAUUAAAGGUUAAAGACCCACAGCCCAUCGAUUUGAGUGCAUGCAACAUUGCAUUUCACAUCUUCCAGCUGAAUGAAGAUGGCCCCAGUAGUGAGAAUUUGGAGGAAGAGACAGAAAACAUAAUCGCAGCAAAUCACUGGGUUCUGCCUUCAGCUGAGUUCCACGGGCUUUGGGACAGCCUGGUGUAUGACGUGCAAAUCAAGUCACAUCUCCUUGAUUACGUGAUGACUACCUUACUGUUUUCAGACAAGAAUGUCAACAGCAACCUCAUCACCUGGAACCGGGUGGUGCUGCUACACGGUCCUCCCGGAACUGGAAAAACGUCCCUGUGUAAAGCGCUAGCUCAGAAAUUGACCAUCAGACUUUCGAGCAGGUACCGGUACGGCCAAUUGAUAGAAAUAAACAGCCACAGCCUCUUUUCCAAGUGGUUUUCAGAAAGUGGCAAGCUGGUGACUAAGAUGUUCCAGAAGAUCCAGGAUUUGAUUGAUGAUAAAGACGCUCUGGUGUUCGUGCUGAUUGACGAGGUGGAGAGUCUCACGGCCGCCCGCAACGCCUGCAGGGCAGGAGCCGAGCCGUCAGAUGCCAUCCGCGUGGUCAAUGCCGUCCUUACCCAGAUCGAUCAGAUCAAAAGGCAUUCCAAUGUGGUGAUUCUGACGACGUCCAACAUCACUGAGAAGAUCGACGUGGCUUUCGUGGACAGGGCCGACAUCAAGCAGUACAUCGGGCCACCCUCCGUGGCUGCCAUCUUCAAAAUCUACCUCUCGUGCCUGGAGGAGCUGAUGAAGUGCCAGAUCAUAUACCCGCGCCAGCAGCUGCUGACCCUCCGGGAGCUGGAGAUGAUCGGCUUCAUCGAAAACAACGUGUCGAAGCUGAGCCUCCUCCUGAGUGACAUCUCCAGGAAAAGCGAGGGCCUCAGCGGCCGGGUCCUGAGGAAGCUGCCCUUCCUGGCUCAUGCACUGUAUGUCCAGGCCCCCACCGUCACCAUAGAGGGGUUCCUUCAGGCCCUGUCUCUGGCGGUGGACAAGCAGUUUGAAGAGAGACAGAAGCUGUCGGCUUACGUCUGAUCCUGGGCUUCCCCGUCGUGGCUUUCUACGGGAGACUCACGCUAGCGAGGGACGCCGCCUUCCUCAGAGCAGCCGCCACCCGGGAAGGCCCCUCUGCAAAACGGGGCUCAGAUCCGCAUGCCAGAAGCCCAGGGGGCCGAGCUUUGUUAAAAGAAGUGUUAUAUUUACAUUAUUUUAAAAUGCAUAUUAGAAGACAAAUUAUAACAAAGAUGUCACUUUUACUGUUUUUGCAGGAUAAUUCAGAUUUUGUUUCUCUUUGUGAAGAACUACCUAAGCGUGUUCAUAACCAUCCCUCCCCCAGUUGGACACAAUGCUAACAAAUUUUGUUUUUAAAAAAAGGAACAUUAACAUAGGUGUGAUAGAAACAAAAGAGAAGGCGUCAGCCUAAAUAAGCGGGUGAUCGCGGCAUGACAGGUGCGCACGUCACUCCCCGCAGAAGGCAGCGGGUGCUUCCUGGCGUCAGCUUGUUUGAUUUGAUGCAAAAUGUUUUGGAGACUAUUUAAUGGGUAAGAAAACCCAAUUCCUGUGUCACAGAAACUGAGAAAAAAAAUUCUAGGCCAAGUGUUCUCCUGGAACAAAUACCCAGACAUGGUCCAAUUUGUGGGGAGAGUGCAGGGCCCCCCCACGUCCGGGUGAGACUGCGCCGACGUCCCUGGCGACCCAGCGCCGUGUUUGUUCAGUGAUGUUAUUUGCAUCUCAAAGGAGAUUCGCGUUAACAGAAUAUAAAAUAAAUGGAUCUGUAAUUGACAUGUUUCACAGAACAUUAAGGUUUGGUCUCAUGUAAGAAUAAAUUUCAUAUUAGUGCUUUGUACAUGAAUGAAGUCUACCUUUUGAAAAAUGGGUUACCUUUUGUUAUAGAACUUUUUAAACAUUCACUUUUUUAAGGAAUUUUCUAUUUUGGUUCUAAAUGUCUCUCCCAAUUGUCUUGACUUUUAUUAAAAAGCACCCACACGGUUACUUUCAGCCUGUUGUGUGCUUUGCGCCGUCCGCUGGGCCUUCGCUCCAGGGGCAGAACUGGGCCCUGCGCCAGCUGGGGAGCAGAGCCGGGCUCUCGGCCUGAGACCGCCUCGGGGUGCUGGUGGGGGCGCAGCCAUGCCCAGUCGGGGAAAAGGUCUUUUCAUUAAGUGAGUGUGACCCAACCUCACUGUCCAGGAGUGAGUUUGGAUCCGCCGGGAAGGAGGCCCCUGUGCUCACAGGUGCUUGAGACGUUCCGGCGUUGGGCCAGCUGGGCUUGUGAGCAGGGCGGCGCUGGUCUGCAGGCGUGUGCUGACGCCCCAUGGGAGACGGGAGUGUCUCCCGUGGGUGGUGACUGUGGAUAGCGUGUGCAGAAGGUCCCUGCAGGGGUGGGGGGCGAGUGUGGGAGUGACCCCAGCUCUGGCACCACUCGCAGGCGGGCCCACCCCGUGCCUGGAGGACGGUGCACUGUUUGCUGUUGAGAGCUAGAGCACAUCUUCCUCCCACAGGGUGCAGCUCAAUUCCAGCAGGCAGCGUGGUCACGUGUGGAUCUGAGACUUGUUUUCUGUUGGGGGGUCUGGCAUAGCUUGUCCUCCAGGGCUGGUGUAGCCCACUUCCUCUGGGUGUCCCUGCUGGUUCUCUGCUCCCUGCCGCCCCUCCGCUCUGGCUGGCAGGACCGCGGGGCCCCGCCCUGUGCGGGUGCGGUGGGCAUCUUUGGGUCCUGCCGCACCGGCCACCCCUUCCGCAGGCUCUGCAUCCGGGGACUCAACCAACUUCAUAUUGAAGACAUUUGGGGAAAAAACCAAAACAACAAUUUAAAAAACCACAGUACAGUAAUAUUUACAUGACAUUCACACUGCACUGGGUGUCACAGGUACUCGAGAGGUGAUCUGAGGUGUGUGGAAGAAUUGUGCAAGUUACACACAGAUACCGCGCCUCUUAAGUCAGCCUGGAGUGUCUGUGCACUCCGGUGCACACGGGGUCCAUCGCUGGCCUGGAUUUUGUCACGGUCUGGACCCUCAGAGGCUCCUCCUCCAUGUGGCUCCCACUCUGGCACUGCGCACCCGGAAUUCCAGCAACCUUGUCCUUGCUGAACUCUGACCUCUGCCUCCUCUCCAGAGAGCCCUCCGGGCUGUGCUCUUCCCCUCGGUGCCAGGCCACAGGUGACCCCCAGGCCGUGCGACUGCAGGACUCAGUCCCGGCCCUGUUGCCACAGCCGUGCCCACAGCAGCCUCCCUGGAGGGCCCUGAUCCUGUGUCGUGGCGGGAGGUGUCUGGACCCCGACGUUCUGCAGAGCGAGGGCCCCGUUGUCAGCCCUUUACCGAGUGUUCCCGCCCGUGCUCCCUCCACCGCACCUUUCCACAAUCAUGGGACGGGGUCCGGGGCCCCAGGGCUCCUUGCUUCCUCCUUUGUGUCUUGGGGUGGAGGGGGACGCCAUCGUACCCCUCACAUUGGAGGGACCACCCACGGUCCUGGGGAACGGAAGCCUUGGCAGCCGCCAUGGCAAGACGUCCAGGUGACUCCAAAAUGGAGCCUGAGUCCACGCGGUGUUUUGGAACACAGCCAUGCUCGUCUUCAGUGGUGGCCUUUUGUGCAAGUGCAGCUGCACCCGUGUUGGGACAGCUCGUGGCUCCCAGGCCUGACACAGUCUACGAUCUGGCUAUUUAGGGAAAAGUCGCCACAGCCAGGCCACCCCAGUCCCCAGAAGUGAGAGGGCUGCACCGAGAGGGUGUGAAGAACGGGGGAA